GGAAAAGAUGGCGGAGUCCGAAGAAACAAAAGCGGGUCCUUGCACUUUUCUUUUCAAAAAAUCUACAAGGAAAUUCUCCGGACGAAAGAGAAAAGCAAGCGACAGCGACAACGAUGGCAACAGUGAGGAGGAUCAGAGCUCUGUGGUCAGAAAAGGAAAGAAGGGUGCUCGAGUCAACCCCAUGAUUCAGAGGACAAAGAAGGCGGAGAGAGAAUCAUCUUCCAGUGAAGGUGAAGAUGACAAAGAGGAGAAGAAGGUCACUAUUGCCUACAAGUCCACACGGUCAGCAAAACCAGAGGGACCCGAUGACAGGGGUGCAACUGCUACAUAUGAGCUGGACACCGAGAGAGACAAUGACGCUCAGGCCAUCUUUGAGAGGAGUCAGAAAGUCCAAGAGGAACUGGAAGGUAAAGAAGAUGAUAAAAUCUACCGUGGCAUCAACAACUACCAAAAAUUCAUCAAGCCUAAAGAUACAACCAUGGGCAAUGCCUCCUCUGGCAUGGUCAGAAAAGGUCCAAUCCGAGCCCCUGAACACCUGAGAGCCACGGUCAGGUGGGACUACCAGCCGGACAUCUGCAAAGACUACAAGGAGACUGGUUUCUGUGGUUUUGGAGACAGCUGCAAGUUCCUCCACGACAGAUCCGACUACAAACAUGGCUGGCAGAUUGAGCGGGAACUGGAAGAGGGCAGAUAUGGAGCCAAUGAUGAGGAGAACUACGAGGUGAGCAGCGGCGAUGAGGAAUUGCCCUUCAAGUGCUUCAUCUGCAGGGAUUCCUUCAAGAAUCCCAUCAUCACAAAGUGUAAGCACUACUUCUGCGAGGUUUGUGCUCUUCAGCAUUACCGCAAGUCCAAGCGCUGCUAUGUGUGCAACACUCAGACCAACGGUGUCUUCAACCCUGCGAAGGAGUUGAUGGUCAAGAUGGAGAAACGCAACGCCGCAGCAGAAGAAGAGCCCCCAUCAGAUGAGGAAGAUUAGCAGCAUCGGGACCCUUAUGUGUUUGUCUGUGUACAUUUUGAAUAAAAUUACUUAUUUUAAGACAA